AUGCAACGGACGUUAUCAAGAGCCGUACAGAGUCCCGUGUGCCUUAUGCAAAGCAAGGCGCAGAUCGUAGACGAUGCUGCGCCAUUACGUUUUAUUGGUCAUUGGGAAGAUUGGGGUAUAGCUACCCUAACUAAUAACGGACAGUCCGCUGUGGUGAAGCUUAGCGAUCGGCCUUACCAGCCGUUUUUAGUGGGUGGCCCUCUCUGCGGUGUGUACGUGUUUGAGCAACUGCACUUCCAUUGGGGGCCGGACGAUACCGUAGGUUGUGAACAUUUGCUCAAUGGACAAACCCACUCGAUGGAGGCACACUUUGUUCACUAUAACGCACGCUACGGCAGUUUUGACGAGGCAUUGGACAAAGACGAUGGAUUAGUCGUGGCCGCAUUUCUUCUCGAUGCGCACAACAAUGGAACUGACUGGAUGCCACUUCAACCAAUCGUACGCGCUCUCGGCCGGAUUCAAAACCCGGGAACUACAUCACCAAUCCCUUCAGAUUGCCUUCGUUGGUUGACUGGAUUAGUGCUUGAUCGGCAUUACUAUACGUAUCACGGAUCUACGACAACCUCGCCAUAUCAAGAAAGCGUAACCUGGCUUGUGUACAACGCGCCAAUUUUUAUUUCAUCGCACCAGACAAAUGCGUUCCGCCGUUUAAUGCAUAAGCAUCCCGGUGCUGCUCUUGCACCAAUCACGAGCAACUUUCGCCCUGUGCAGUCGCCUUCUGAUGCUUUCGGAUUACUGUUUGUACGCAAUAGUGCAUCUAUUAAGCGUUCCAAAUUGUAA